AAACGUUCACAUUCACAGCACCCAAGAAAGUUGCAGAUUCUUAAUUUUUUUCUCCAGCAUAAUAUAAUCCAACUAUAUAUAUUCUCUCUACAUAAAAGUGAACACAAGGGUACUUUCAGCUUUUACUCUCCACUAACUAAAACCCCAGCUAAUAACUUCCCUGCCAUUUUUCACUUCUUUUUCACUACAAACAAGCUUUUUCCAGUUCCCAUUGAACUUUUUCUCUGCAUUUCAGCUUCUGGGCUGUUCAUGAGUUGAAAAAAGAUUGUUUCUUUUUUGAUUUUGAGAGGUUUUUGGCUUCUGGGUUUUGUAGAUUCAGUUGUUUUUGUAAAUGGGGAGUGUUUACUUGGUGCAAUUAGUUGGUGUUCUUUGCUUGGGGAUAAUUCUGAGUUGUUCAUGUCAGAAUAGUGAUUUUGAUAGUGCUGUGUAUAUAGUUACUCUUAAACAAGCUCCAGUUGCUCAUUACUUUGAAAGUGAGCUUAAAAAGGAAACUAAUGUGUUCAAGCAUAGUCCAUCUGGUGGAAGAAAUAAAUUUCACAGACCAAGGGCUAAUUCAAGCUCUCAUGGAAGCCCUGGUUCAUACAUAGCUAGAGUUCAUGACUCGAUACUGAGAAGGACGCUGAGAGGGGAGAAAUAUCUGAAGCUGUACAGUUAUCACUACUUGAUCAAUGGAUUUGCUGUUUUUGUUACCCCACAACAGGCAAAUAAGCUUUUGGGGAGGAGAGAAGUGGCGAAUGUGGUUCUGGAUUUCUCGGUUAGAACAGCAACUACACACACUCCACAGUUCUUGGGUCUUCCAAAAGGGGCAUGGGUCAAAGAAGGUGGAUUUGAGACUGCUGGAGAAGGAGUUGUGAUUGCUUUCAUUGAUACUGGUAUUGAUCCAACUCACCCUAGCUUUGCUGAUGAUGUAUCCGAGCACUCAUAUCCAAUUCCUGGUCAUUUUUCUGGUGUUUGUGAGGUUACUCGAGACUUCCCUUCUGGUUCAUGCAACAGGAAGCUUAUUGCGGCACGCCAUUUUGCCGCAUCUGCUAUAACCAGGGGAAUUUUUAAUUCAACUCAGGAUUAUGCUUCACCUUUUGAUGGUGAUGGGCAUGGAACGCAUACUGCCUCUGUUGCUUCUGGAAAUCAUGGUAUUUCGGUGAUUGUGGCAGGACAUCACUUUGGAAAUGCAAGUGGGAUGGCUCCUCGUUCGCACAUUGCUGUAUACAAGGCAUUAUACAAGAGUUUUGGAGGCUUUGCUGCAGAUGUUGUUGCUGCAAUAGACCAGGCAGCUCAGGAUGGUGUUGACAUUAUAAGUUUAUCAAUCACUCCCAACAGGCGUCCUCCUGGUCUAGCAACGUUUUUCAAUCCUAUAGACAUGGCUUUGCUCUCAGCAGUAAAGGCUGGAAUUUUUGUUGUGCAAGCAGCCGGCAAUACUGGACCAUCUCCUAAGAGCAUGUCUUCCUUCAGUCCUUGGAUCUUCACUGUUGGGGCUGCUUCUCAUGACAGGGUCUACACCAACUCUAUAGUGCUUGGAAACAAUGUAACCAUUUCUGGUGUUGGACUUGCACCGGGAACAGCUAAGGGUGCUAUGUAUACAAUGAUAUCAGCAAUUCAUGCUUUAAACAAUGACACAACGGUUUCCACUGACAUGUAUGUGGGCGAAUGCCAAGAUUCCUGUAGCUUCAAUUCAGAUCUUGUCGAGGGAAAGCUCUUGAUUUGCAGUUAUUCAAUUCGAUUUGUGCUUGGGCUUUCCACCAUCAAACAAGCCUUUGAUACAGCCAAAAACCUCAGUGCUGCCGGUAUUGUGUUCUAUAUGGAUCCUUUUGUGAUCGGUUAUCGGCUUAAUCCAACUCCUAUGAGGUUGCCUGGCGUCAUAAUUGCAUCUCCUGAUGAUUCCAAGAUAUUACUGAAGUAUUACAAUUCAUCUUUGGAGAGAGAUGAAGUCACGAAGAACAUCACUAAAUUUGGGGCAGUUGCAAGCAUUUCAGGUGGAAUGAAAGCCAACUACAGUAAUUCUGCUCCAGCCAUUAUGUUUUACUCUGCUAGAGGACCAGAUCCAGAAGACAGUUCUCUCGAGAAUGCUGAUAUUUUAAAACCUAACCUGGUAGCUCCGGGAAAUUUAAUAUGGGCUGCUUGGAGUUCACUUGGGACUGACUCGGUAGAAUUCCAGGGUGAAAGCUUUGCAAUGAUGUCUGGGACAAGCAUGGCUGCUCCUCAUAUCGCUGGACUUGCUGCACUGAUUAAGCAGAAGUUCCCCAGUUUCAGUCCUGCGGCGAUAGCCUCUGCACUCUCCACAACAGCUUCUUUAUCUGACAAGAAGGGUGGGCCAAUAAUGGCGCAGCGUGCUUAUGCCAACCCAGAACAAAGUCAGACUCCUGCAACUCCAUUCGAUAUGGGCAGUGGUUUCGUGAAUGCAACAGCUUCUCUGGAUCCAGGACUUAUAUUUGAUUCCACAUUUGAUGACUAUAUGUCAUUUCUCUGUGGCAUCAAUGGAUCCGGUCCUGUGGUGUUUAACUACACUGGCCAAAAUUGUUGGAAUUAUAAUGCAACUAUAGGUGGUGCUGAUCUGAACUUACCUUCAAUCACAAUUUCUAAACUCGAUCAGUCUAGAACUGUUCUAAGAACAGUGACUAACAUUGCUGGCAAUGAGGCAUAUAAUGUGGGAUGGAGCGCUCCUUACGGGGUAUCAGUGAAGGUAGCUCCAUCACACUUCGUAAUUGGCAGUGGAGAGAAGCAGGUCCUGAGUAUAACGAUGAGUGCAACUAUGAACCAUUCGGUAGCCAGCUACGGAAGGAUAGGUCUCUUCGGAAAUCAAGGUCAUAUUCUCAACAUUCCAUUGGCUGCAAUAUUUAAAAUCUCUUACAAUACCACUAACAGGUGAGGAUUGAGAAUCUUUCGUUUCUUCUUGCGUAAAUUAUAACCCGGUUUUGGUGUGUGUAUUUUGUAAUAUUCUACUACGCUUGUGAGAUGUAUUAACCAAUUUUUUCAUUCAUUAUCAUGUAAAUGCCGAAGCGUUUGUGAUAUAGACACAGUGUGCCAUGUAAGUUUCAGCUUAAUGUUUUUGUAAUUGAUGCCCCUAAUCACCAUUCUCUCUUUACGCUGUUGAUUCAAAUGAUUUAAAGAGUACGUUAAUAUGUA